UAGGGACGCCACGCCUAAUAACUCCUCAGGUUAAAAAGGUUCAUGGGAUUGGAAAUGACGAUUGACCAGAACCAUCACAGCUACAGGAAGAGUUGAAAGAUUUAGACGAGAAUCGAGAUGGAGAAGGCCAGGGAGUUUUUGAAUCUGAGCAAUGAAGAAUCAGAGAGCGUGUCCUCAAUCAAGUUUCAUCCUCACAGACCAUGGAUUGAACGCAGUUUCUAUGAAGAUUUUUGUAUUAGAGGAAUCCAAGUUGACCGGAUUGAACCCGGGUUCAUCUCUACCACUUUCAAGGUCCCUCCUCGCCUCACUGAUAGAAAUGGGAAGUUAGCAACCGGGGCAAUUGCAAACCUCGUUGACGAAGGAGGUGCUUUAGUUGCCCAAGCUGAGGGUAUCCCUUUUCUUGUCUCCGUGGAUAUGUCCAUCUCUUUUCUCUCCACUGCAAACGUUAAUGAUGAAUUAGAGAUUACUGCGAGGGUUUUAGGACGAAAUGGAGGCUAUGCUGGAACUAUUGUUCUUGUGAAAAACAAAGCAACAGGGGAGUUAAUUGCUGAAGGUCGACACUCCCUGUUUGGCAAACAUAAUAGCAAAAUGUGACUGUAUUGAGUUUUGCUUGAAGUUUAGGGUGCAGAUUAUACUUCACUACAAGUACGAUGCCAGACAAGAAUAUGUCAAACAUAUUUAUCUUCCCAGUAAUUAUCUACAUAAAUACCUGCAUGUUGCCAAUAAGAUGAAUUUCUGUAACUUACUUUGAUUUCGGUUUGUCAUUCAUUUUGAUGUUGAAA